UUCACUUUCGUUUUGCUCCUGCGUGGGCUUCCUCCAGCACGGAAAACUUCGCGGUGACAUUUUCAUCUGGAAAGAUGAAGCGGCAUGAAGACACGCUGGGUGCAGGUUGCAGUACUCAGCAACCGGACGUGAAGUUACAAUGUCCAAAGAAAAUUCAGGUCCUGAAUGUUCCCACAAUCAUUUCUGCGCAGCGGACAGUGGAUAAACUGAAGAUCCAUUUCCAGACGCAAAGCAAUGGAGGAGGCGAAGUGCUGGAUGUGGAAUAUCCAACGAGUGUCAAAGGCUGUGCAUUCAUCACCUUUGUGACAGACAAAGAUGCAAAUAAUGUCCUUAAAUGUGAACAAAUACUGAAAUUUGAUAAGAAGGAGUAUAAACUGGAAGUAUGCGAGGCUGGAAGAGGAGAGAGCACUACUGAUGAUGUACAGGUGAUGCAAUUUGUGAGCACAAAACUGGACACAAGCCACUUUUCUACAGAUUUGGCUCAAGACUUAAUCCUCAAACAUGGCCUUGAAAUUGUAAAUUACCAGGGGUCUAUUGUCGAGAUCAAAGGCUCUUUCUCCUCUUUAAAGGAACUUCGGAGAAACCUUAUGAAUGUGACUUUCCAUCAGUUACCAUGUGCAGUCACUGAAUCUGAACAGUUGACCAACAACUAGAGGCUCGAUAUAAAUGCUGAAUCUCUGGCACCUGGAGGUUUUCAGCAAUGACAGGUACCAACAGUUGGCUGUAGUAGAAGCUUGAAUUCAUUAACACCCAGCAAGACUACUGAAUACUACAUUCGCCAAAACACCUGUAAUAUAAAGUCAAAGAAUUCAGUUCUGGGUGGGCUUUUGUUCUUUUUCCAAAGCAGUAAUUUCUCUUGACUUUGGUUUCAUCCUUCUUGCACCAGUAACUAAUUCCAGCAAGACUGGAAAUGUAUCUCCAGGAACACUGGUGAUCUUCAGGGUGCAGGGGAAUGAAGCAGUGUUUCUGAUAAUAGAAGCAAUCUGUUUUAAAAUGGACAAAGGAUUCCCAGAAACAAAUUCUUCAUCUGGCCCAGCUGUUCUUUUCCCAAGUACGUGGAGGUUUAAGGCAUGUACGAUUUCAUCACUUUCUUGAAGACCAUUCUGCACACACUUAAAACUUUAUUUUGUGAACCACUUGCAUCCAAGAUGAGCAGCAGUCAGUUGCCAUUGAUGCCUGUCCCAUGUUGGUCACCAAUUUACACACAAAGACAUCUGAGAAAGCAUUGGUGUCUUUGCAUCCAAAUGUGAAGGAAUCCUGUGUGUGGUGAAAGAUACAGUGCACGUUCAAAUUAAGGUUCUUUUCUAGCAGAAGCCCGACUGAAAAGGAUAGUUAUUACUUAUUUGUUGUGGCCAUCUUUACAGAAUUGUAGAAUUUUGCAGAAUGCCAAAACAUGUCAUGUUUUUAUCAUUUUCUCAGUGAGGGGGCAGAGGGAGGAAGUGUCUUCAAUUCUUACAUUAGAUUUCAAAAAUACUUCUCUGACUGAGAUGCUGUAAGGUUGGGAAUAGCUCUGCAUAAAUCUAUUGCUUAUUCUCUGCAAAUGAGAACCCCUGCCACAAAUCAUUUUUAUUUCAACAAUUACAUUAUUUAAUUGUUACUUUAGCUGUGAAGGCAAGUUAAAUGGCCCAACUACAGUUUGGUUGUGGGCCCACCAUUUGAAAAUUCAUUAGGAGUUGGGUGCUACUGAAUCAGGCUUGUGCAAGGUAAAGUCUUUCAUGUACUGGUCUUGUGCAAAGUAGACAAAGGAAAAAUGGUAAGUUCGGAGGAGGACUGCAGGAGAGAGGGGGUUGGAAGUUGUGAGGAACGUUGUGGCUUGAACAGCAGGGUGGUGUCAGGGUUCAGCAAUAUGUCAGCUGCCAGAUAUCAAAGGUAUGGGUAAUCUUCAAAUACCUGUCAGAAGGUGAGCCGGGUUGUGGGAGGGCUUGGAUUGCUUGAUGGGUUGUGGCAGAGCAUUUAAUGAUUGGAUGGUAGGGGGAGGGUUGGAUCAGGUGAGGGUAGCAAGCUUAGGUGGGGUGGAUGUAGAUUGGGGAUUGGUAAUGGGAAGAAAAUGGAGUUAUCCUGAAGGAAGGCUGUCACCCCUGUACCUUACAGGGUUGCUACUCAAGUCAAUUCCCACUGCUGCUUGAGAUCUGCUCAUGGAGGUCCCCUUCAGUCUGCAGAAGCAGGCGGUAAACUUUUUGAAGCUCUGCUGCUACAGAACUGACUUACAGUCAACACAAGCCACUCAUUCUUAUACGAAAAUCCUGGAGAUGGUCCCCAGAUGUGUUGUGCACAUCUUUGAAUGACACUGGCUUUGUCUGGGCUUUUGACUUCUGUGCAACAGAUGCACAGAGGAACCUGGAGUGAAAAUCAUCAACUUUGCAACUUUGUCGCCCCAUUACGGAAGGAUGUGGAGGCUUUGGAGAGGGUGCAGAAGAGGUUCACCAGGAUGUUGCCUAGAUUAGAGAGUAUUAGCUAUAAGAGAGGUUGGACAAACUUGGAUUGUUUUCUCUGGAGUGUCGGACGCUAAGGGGAGACCUGAUAGAGGUUUAUAAGAUUAUGAUAGGCGUAGAUAGAAUAGAUAGAGUCUUUUUCCCGAGGUAAAAAUGUCAAAUACUAGAGGACAUAGAUGUAAGGUGAGAGGGGGAAAGUUUGAAGGAGAUGUAGCGGUAAGUAUUUUACACAAAGAGUGGUAGGUCCCUGAAAUGUGGUGCUGGAAGCAGAUGCAAUAGUGAUGUUUAAGAGGCAUUUAGACAGGCACAUGAACAGGCAGGAAAUGGAAGGAUAUGGACCACUUGCAGGCAGUUAGGUUUAGUUUAGUCAGCACAGAUAUUGUGGGCUGAAGGGCCUAUUCCUGUGCUAUACUGUUCUACGUAAUCCACAAGGUUUUGGUUAGUGUUAUUUUCCAAUGACGUUGUAUUGCAUAGUAUAUUACAAAUAUGAAGCUAGAAAACUAAUUUCCAAGCAUAUGCCAUUUUGCUUCUUUUUCUACUCUUUAACCAAUUUGUUCCCUAGACCUGUUGUCCUGCAAUCAUUACUUCGAAUACAUUAGCACAGAGAUUAAUUGGCCAAUAAUCCAGUUUAAAUUCCACACAAGGAGUGUGAGGAUUUUGAACAGAGUUAAAACAAAAAUAAGUAUGAAAAGCUGGCAUCCAUGAAGCUGUCAGAUUCUCAUUAAAAACUCAGCUGAUACUGAUUGUCUUAAACAGAGUGAAACCUCAUGGCCUAGAGAUUUAUCUGAGCCCCUUUAUGUCAGUUAAGCUGAUGCCCUCAGUCUUGCUGCUCACCAUCACAGCACUGUUCUGUCAUUGGCAUGGCCUGAGCUGGAGGGGUGGAGUGAUGAUGGGGAUCCAAUUGGAAUGAAAUAUGGGAUUGGAGAGGAGGGCUUCAAGAAACAAUGGGACAGGAAUCCAGUGAUGUGGCCUCCUCUACAUCUCUCCUAGACCAAGUAUAGACUAAGAGACCAUUUUGCAGAGCACUUGUGUUCUGUCCAAAACAGCCAUCUUGAGGUCAUUUGAACUCCCUUUCCCAGUCCCACACCAACCUGUCUGACCUUGGCUUUCUCCAUUGUCACGGUGGGGCCAAAUGCAAACUAUAAGAACAGCACCUCAUAUUCUGCUUGUAUAGCUUACAGCCCAAUGAUAUGUAUAUUGAAUCUUUCAAUUAACCCCACACCUUCUGUGUUCCUUUCCAACUCCCAUCAGUCCAAUCAGGGUCUCUCUCCCUUUGUUCACAUUUCCCAUCCCUCUGCUGUAGACCCAUCACCUCCCGUACCUGGCUCCAUAUGCUCAUCACCCACAUCCCCAUCUGGGUUUCUUUGCCCUUGAUUUGUCUUUCCUAUCCCCUCGCCCAUUUGGUUCCAUCUGCCCAUCAUCCCCUCACUUACCUGGUUCCACCUAUCACCUACCAGCUUCUGUUGCACCACUCCCUCUCACUUCUGUAAACUUGCUAUCUUCCCUCUACACUCAGUUCUGAUGCAGGGUCUUGACCCAAAAAGUCGACUGUACCUUUGCCACCACAGCUGCUGCUUGGCCCACUGAGUUCCUCCAGCAAUUUAUUUUAUGCUCCAGGAAUCCAAUUGUAGCAGAUAGUGUGCUUAGGAAAGCAGAUGCAGUGGGGAGAUUGUAAUGAGGACUUGGUGGUCAGUGAAGAAGAUCUUCUUGCUGGAGAAUGUGUCUUCUCUACAGAUGACUUGGAGCAAACUUUUGCCACCAAUCAGGGAGCGUGGCUUGAAUUUUAUAUUAUAUUCUUUCAUUACUAGUAAAAAAAAUAAUAAAUUAGGCUGCUAUCUAUACCUGCUCUCGAUAUUUACAUGCUUUGUGACUUCAUUAAUACACCAUCACACAAUGUUCUCUGAAGUAGCACUGUUGAACCAAGCCUUUGAUUGUGAUGAUUUCACAUUAACAAGUUUCUUUAAGAUAGCUGGAAGGGGCCUGAAGAGGAAGUAAUAAUGAUCAUGGGGACAUUUUUGCCUUCAUAUUCCUACUACCAGACAAUGGAAUCCUCAAAAUGAAACAAAUCCUGUACUUAAAUAUUUGUGCAUAUGUAUAACUAUCUAUGAAUAAUAAAAACAAA